AAGUGACGUGCAUGUAGAAGCCGAAUGUACUAUUGUCAUGUCGUUCCGUGGUGCCUUUUUAAACACAUAGAGUUUAAUAAUAGCACAAUAUUUAAUAAAAUUUAAUAAUAAAUAUAAUAAUAAUAAUAUAAAAUAUAAUUUAAUAAAAACACAUAGAGUAUUUUCUAGAGUACAAGUUCCGUGAUACAUAGAAAAAAAGAAGCAUGCUGUGCCGCCGACGACGAUUCCUCUUUGCUGUCACUCUCCUCUCAUACCUGUGCAGAGACUCAACAGCGAUAAUUGACGUUCGUAUUAUUAAAGAAGGCAGUAAUUUUACGCUUGAAUGCUUUGUCCAAGCGGAUAUUUUCUUCAUUUAUCCCACUAACCGAACGCAUUCUGAUUCAGUGUUUUCUUACACAUCGCCCAUCGAAAUAAGCAAAACCCAAGAUGAAAAUGGCACCAACCACCAGGAGUUUUAUCGAGCGCGUACAGUCUUUGGGGACACUGGCUGGUAUGGUUGCUCGAGAAAACCCUUUCUGAACACCAGAGAUAAUUAUUUCAACCCUGAGAUCAUCUGGACUUAUAUCUAUGUUCAGUCUAAAACAGUUCGGUUCGUGGAACAAGCAAAGUCGCAUAUUUUAACGACAACUAUUGGAGAAAACAUCGACCUACCGUGUAGACCAACAUCGCCGACAGCAAUAGUCAAGCUUUCAAAGUACUACCGAAAUGGUAGCAAUGAGAUAGUCCCGCCAUGUACUUUCGAUCCAAAAAUUGGAUUCACACUGUACAAAGUCGACAAGUUUCAAAGUGGGCUGUAUGUGUGCACCAUUGCUCCCGAUCAACAGGUCUCUUAUAAUGUAAUUGUAACGGAGGAGUAUACUCUGCCCAAACCAGUGAUCAAUGCUACAUUGCUGCACGUAAGGAAGGGCGAAUCUCUGUACCUGAAGUGUAGCGUUGUUCCGAGUGGCUUGAAACACUAUAAUAUAUUGUGGAUUCUACAGCGACAAAACGACAGAACGACUACCUGGAGCAAUAGUCGGUCUACUGAAAAUAAAAUCCUUGAGAAUAUGGCCUUACUGAAGGUCACAAACGUGACCUACAACGACGAAGGCAUUUACGAGUGCAGUGUGAAGGAGGGGAUAUAUGAGAGGAAUACGCGGACGUAUGUCCAAGUCCAUGAUAACGGGGAUUUCGGAGUCGUACUCACGAAUAACACCGUGGCAGAGGGCGACGAAUGUGUGUUGAUCUGCGCUGCUUCGAUUCGAAAUUAUCUGGACAACUUUAAUUGGAGCAUCGAAAGCGGUCCGAUUGUACAAUCUGACAGAAUUUCUAUCGAUCGAGGAAGGACACAAUUGGCGUACAGAUCAAUUUUGAAGAUACAGAACGCGAAAAUCGAGGACUCGCAGGAAUAUAUUUGUACAGGGACGUCCACUGGUAAUUUGACUCGGUCUACUGGAUAUCGUUUGGAAGUGAAGGCCGCACGAGCGCCUCUCAUCGUCGAUACCAAUUUGAAUAAAAACGAGAUAAUCAUCGAUGUUACCACGCCAGGUCACAAGGCAGUAGGUUUUCACUGUUUCGCGGAGGGUAUGCCUAAACCGAGCAUUACUUGGUUUAAGGACGGUGCACAGCUGGCAGUUAGUAAUGCAGUGUACAAGUUUUCGAAGAACUCUCAAAAGCUCGAACUAGAAUAUCCAUUGGAAGUCGACAGCGGCGUGUACGUAUGUCGAGCGGAGAAUCGAAUUGGAAAAGUGGAAGUUUCUCAGCGAUUAACGAUAAAGGGUUUCGGAAUUGGGAGUAUCAGAACUGUAGGUCUGAUUAUUUCAAUUGCCGUGUUAGCAGUGGUCGUUCUGAUCCUGGUGAUCUACUUCGCCAACAUGUUUCGCCGUGAAAGGAUUAGCAGGCAACAAUUAAUGGAAGCCGGCCCUGUGCAAUUUCAGAGGCAAGCUAACGAGAGUUUUAAACCAAACUUGUAUGUGGAUGAUCCAGCUAAUCUCGCCCGUCAUUCGUAACAAAUGGUAAUUUCCCAUAGAGUGUACUUAUGUCUUUCAAAUGGGAAUCUAGUUCCGAAUCUCUAUUGUACAGAAACAUUGGAUGCUAAGUUUACUUCUAUACUUUGUUUGCACCUAUUGCCACGUAUCUCCUCUUCUCAAAUUGUCUAUUUUUGUGCGCAAUCUGAGCCCGAAUUAAGGAGAAAUUACUGUAUCCGUUUGAAAUGACAUAAAAAUAUGUAAUUUCUCUCAACAACAUGUAACAUCGACAACAUUUUGUACAUUCGAGGAAAUGCAAAAUAAUCUGUAAAAAAUAAAGAUUUAAAUUGCUAUAAAUAAAUGAGAAAAGAUUGUCUUCAUUGGAACGUCGGCAAUCGGAUUAUCGGAUUCAGUUCUCUUGUUAAUGAAAUAACAACCAGAAUCUUAGAUGGAUUUGUUUAGACUGUGAAUUUGUAAUAUUUCGUAGUUAUCUUUACAUAUUUUUUAUCCACGUUUACGUUUCGAUCAGAAAGAAGGGAAUUGUAUAAUGUGAACUGGUUGCAUUUCAAUUCACUCUUCCGUCACUAUAUAUUGUAGAUGUUUAUGUAUCUUUCAGUUUCUGUAUUUUAAAUUACAUUGAUUAAGAAUGUAGGUUCAAGAUUGUCGACACAAGAUUAUAAAUGCGAAUUUAAUGCGAACAUAUUUCGACACAGGAAAGAGCAGUGUUCAGAAAACGUUGGAACUAAUAUUGUCAUGUUGAAUGUUAUAUCGUAAUUAUAUAAUUAUAGUCAAGUAUUUCUAA